AUGCUGGACAGCGCCCCCCCAGAACAGAUCCUCGACCGGAUCCUGCUCCUCGCCGACCCACUCGACAUCAGCAGCCUCGCCCAGACCGCUCGCUUCCUCCGAGAACACACCGCCAACAACCAUCUCUGGCACCAGCUGGCCCGGAAACACUUCGACCACGAACCACCCACAUCCGGAAACAGCACGAUCGACUGGCGCAAAACACUCACUGCCAGGAUCACGCUCAGGCAGAUACUCGCGACAGCCGACGAUGGGCUGAUGAAAGAACGGCUGGUAUGUGCGACUGCUGCCGAUCCAUGCCCCGUCCAGCACAGACUGACUCCCUCCACACAGCACAAACACUACCCUGGAGAACAACUACUGCAGCUCUACCAGCUCCUCUUCCUCAUCCUCAGCACCGCCACCGCCACAGCCCAGCCGCACUCCCGCAACAUCGCCUUCCUCGAAAGCCUGCUGGCCAACCCCACCGCCCAGUUCCGCAUCAUCCACUAUGCCGGGCUCAACUGGCAGGACCAGCCCGUCUAUGCCCUCCGCGACUCCUUGCACGACCCCCUAGUCGCCGCCGCAGCCAAGCUCCACACCCUCUACGGACUCACCUCCUUCGACAUCAACCGGUCACGCGCCAGAGGGAUCGCCCGGGAGAGCUGCUACCUGCUGAGGAACUACUCAUCCAACACUCUCUGGGGCCCCUUCAUCCCCAACCCCGACCCCCCGCUGCCGCCUCCGGAGGACGCCGAGGAAGAGCCCGAGGACAUCCGCGUCUGUCGCGUCAACUGGCCCCACCUCGAGGCCCUCAGCAUCAUCGUCGGCCUCAACCUGCACGCCCUGCGCCGCAAAGCCCAGGACGCAGCCCUCCAGGAUGACCCGGAGGAACAGCAGCAGCAGGAGGAGGAGGAGGAGACCAACCCCAACGAGCUCGACCUGCCCCUGCGCGAGAUCCUCCAGCACCAUGGCGCACAGCACGAGCCCCCCCAUCUCCACCACCAACUCCCCGGCCGCCCCCACCGCCCAUCCACCGAACUCAUCCCCUGGCCCAUCCUCCAAAGCCUUCCCAACGCCCGCCCACAUACCCAACUCAUGCACCCCGCCUAUACCGCCCCCGCGAGACCCUACCAUCCCCAAGACAUCCCUCGCAAUCCCGCAGCGCUCGAUCUCGACCAGUUCGAUUGGGCCGGCGUCACGGGCCGCUGGCUGCGCAUCGUCUGUUUCCUGGACUACCGCAACCUGCAUGCCUACAACUUUGGCCCCGGCCCGCCGAUCUGCCUCGACCAGUUCGACGAGGCCGUCCGCGCCAUGACCCUCGAGCUCAGAGUCGUCCACAUCGGCAUCCUCCCCCGCCACCUCGACCCACAGGGCAACCCGGGCCCCCUCGUCCCGGCCAAGAUGCGCACAGACGUACCCGGCCGGCCGCCGAUCUACUUCGAGGGCACCUCCGCGAGGAACAUCGGCGCAACCAGUGUGCCUCUCCCCGGCCAGCCCCCAUCCCGUGUCCGGGGAUACGUGUCAAUGACCGAUGACGACGAGGUGCGCUGGUCGACGGUCAGCACCCUCGCCGGCGCCGAACGAUGGGCGUCUGAGGGCAUCCAGGUCGGCGGCGUGCGCGCGAGGUGGGGCGUGCUUGGCGUGUGGACCGACGUCGAUCGCGGCGCCGUCGAGGCUCCCGUCGGCCCGUUCUAUUUCUACAAGACGGCCUACUGA